AUGAAAGUCCUCUUGCUUAUAUUAUUGCUAGCUGUUUGCAUUGAUGGAGAAGACUUUUUCAAAAGCAAACUAGGAAAGAAAAUAAAAGACAUAGUGGAUAAAAUCAAGACUCACCUAAAUGUGACUGCUCUCCUCAAAAUUCGUGAGAAAUUCCUUCACAUGAGAAAGAAAGCAAAGGCAGAACUAGCUCUUUCACCUGAGAAGACAGAAGAAUUUGAAAAACUGGCGAAGAACGUAGCUCUCAUCCAGAAGAAUCACGUACAGAAGAGUGGUGACUCAAUUUCAGAAAUUAAUGAAAACACUGGAAUGGGAGAGUUGUUGUUCCAAGGGGACAUCGUCUUGACAGAACCACAAGCCGACGAACUCGUCGAAUCAUUCGAGCAUGAAGGCGGUAACCGCACAAAACGUCAGGCAUUCAAAGAUCGUAAUUAUCCGCGAACACUAUGGGCGGAUGGCGUUAACUACUUCUUCGAUCCCAGUGCAAGUAACAUGUACAGAACGGCGGCAAGAGUCUCAUCGAGUAGUCAGGAAAAAGCAUGGUCUAUAAAUGUGGCCCAUAAAGUAGCAAUGUCCAAUGGGUACCCAACUGGAGAUGGUGCUACCCGACAAGCACGCUCAAAGAAAUCAAUUAAAACUACGUUCUUCAAAGGAUUGUUUAAAUGUCGAGCACAUUUAGCUCCUUCGAUGCGAAGUGUAUUCGUAAAGGCCACCAAAGAGUGGAGCAAAAAUACUUGCAUCGACUUUCGCGAGAAUAGACAAGCUCCGAACAGGAUCCGUCUCUUCAAGGAAAAUGGCUGCUGGUCUUACAUUGGUAAUCUUAACCGUCAACAAGACCUCUCCCUGGGAAACGGAUGUGAUUCGAUCGGAACGGCGGCGCACGAACUUGGUCAUGCCAUUGGCUUUUGGCACACUCACUCGAGACUUGAUCGCGAUAGCUUCAUAACGUUUAAUCCACGCAAUGUUAAACCGUCUUGGUUGGAUCAAUUCAGAAAAGAAACCCCGGAAACGAACGACAACUAUGGAAUAACUUACGAUUAUGGAAGCAUUAUGCAUUACGGAGCAAAUAGUGCAUCGGGUAACGGCCGCCCUACUAUGGUCGCCCAUGAUGCAAAGUACACUGAGACGCUCGGCAGCCCCUUCAUUUCUUUCUACGAGUACCUCAUGAUCAACAAGCACUACGGAUGCGACAAGAAAUGCAGUGGCGGUUCUGCACAGUGCAAAAUGGGUGGAUUCCCAAAUCCCCGCGAUUGCUCGAGUUGUGUUUGCCCAAGUGGAUAUGGAGGCAAACUAUGUGACGAAAGACCAUCUGGAUGUGGAGAAGUGCUUCAGGCAAAAAAAGAGCCCCAGCUCUUCGAAGGUGAAAUAGGAGAUAAAAGUAAAGGGGGUAAGCCGAGAGAAGACAUGAUGAUUUGUAAUUACUGGAUUCAGGCACCCCAGGGAUCAAAAGUUCAGCUCACAAUCAAAUCAUUGUUCAAAGGGGUCGCUGUGAAUGGGUGUUCAUACUGGGGAGUUGAACUGAAGACCCAUAAGGACCAACGUCUUACCGGCUAUAGGUUCUGCUCUCCAGAGGAUGCUGGAGUGAAAUUAGUGUCAGACAGUAACAUUGUCCCUGUGAUUACAUACAAUAGAAUCUAUGCGACGUCGUACGCAAUAGAAUAUAAAAUCGAGCCUGAAAAGGGCGAUGUUCAAUCUACAAUUCAAACGACCAACCUCUCCACAACUAAACUGAUAAACUCCACGCCUACUUUCAAUCACAAAUUUAGCGACUACACUGAAUGCUCACCUUAG